AAUACUGAAGGAAGGGAAGACCGUGUUAUUGUUUUAAACUUGGUCCAUAGUCCGUGGGAAUAGUGAUGUUUAUUUAUUACGUCUUCUGUGGUGAUAUUAUGUAGUAGUUGUUUGUAAGAAGCUACCAUUAUCAGUUUUUUGUAGAAAUAAAUUCGUGUUUUUUGUUCAUCAUGUAACUGAAAGCUUUAGAAUCAUCAAUAAAUAAUUUCGCCUAGGCCUUGUGGACAGGACAUUAAGAAUAUAUCGAGAGUAAAUUUCUUACCAAACAUCACAAUGUCAUCAAUUCAUAAAGAAGAAUCUACUGUCACAAGUAGUCCAAAAGGUUUAAAAGAACCCGCAGUCACCCAUAGUGCAAAAACCAUAAUUGAUGGAGCCAUCGACUUUACUUCUGGAACGUUAGGAGCUGUGGCGCUAGUGUACGUAGGUCAGCCGUUAGACACAGUCAAGGUCAAGAUGCAGACGUUCCCUCGUAUGUACAACGGUAUGUGGGACUGUAUGAAGCAGACAGUCAAGUACGAGGGGUUGCUGCGAGGGUUGUACGCAGGAACUGUACCUGCCCUGGUGGCCAACUGUGCGGAAAACUCUGUACUGUUUGCCGCUUACGGCGCAUGUCAGAAGGUCGUGGCGUAUGCUACCAACACCCCGAGAGUAGAGGACCUAGGUGCGCUAGGAAAUGGAACAGCUGGAUGUCUAGGAGCUUUCUUCUCCUCUUUCACCCUCUGUCCUACCGAGCUCAUCAAAGUGCAACUACAAGCUGCAAGAGAGUUUGCCUUGGCUAAUAAUAAUCAGGAGGUGAGAAUCGGAGCGUUGAAGCUGACCAAAGAGAUCAUCAGGACGGAGGGGGUGGUGGGGAUGUUCCGAGGCCUCGGCUCCACCAUUGCCAGGGAGAUGCCCGGCUACUUUGUCUUCUUUGGUGGUUACGAAGCCACCAGGACGCUACUGACUCCUCCCGGCAAGACUAAGGAGGACUGUGGCCUGUUGCCUACAAUGGCCGCCGGAGCAGUAGGAGGUGUGGCGCUGUGGAGUGUUAUAUUCCCUGCGGACCUGGUCAAGUCUAGGAUACAAGUCAACUCUCUCAAUGGUUCCUUCCUUACUGUCACACUCGACAUUGUCAAGAAAGAAGGUGUAUUGGCGUUAUACAGUGGUCUUAGGCCAACCUUAAUCCGUACCGUUCCAGCCACCGCAGUCCUAUUUGUCGUUUAUGAGUAUUCCAAGAAAUUUUUCACUAGUUUAUGCUACUGAAGAGCUAUUUCCGACAGAUCUUUACUCUCUGCAUAGAACUACAAAGUGCAUUUAUUUUGUUUCUGGCUCCAAGUCAGUAAGUUAAUAUUUAUUUGUUAAUACCAGACAUUGUGAUACCUGAUGCCUUUAAAAUAUGACUAUCAACAAGUUAUGGCACUGUUACCACAAAAUAUAAUGUUUAAGUAUUGUUAGAAAGUACUUAUAUAUUAUUUGAAUUUAUGAUUUUUGGAAAAUACAUUUUAUCCUAGACUUGCAACUAAAGGAUCUAUUAACUAGGUUUUUUUUUAAUUUUUCCAAUGACUUCAUUUAGCUUUAUAUGCUGAAACUUUGGAAUACCUUACUAGUUAAAAAACUUAGUUAGUUAGUUCCAUAGUCAUAUUCAGUAUACUGCCCUUUCUUUUUAGUCACAUCAAAGCUACCAGUUGUUUGAUCUAUGUUAUCCUUUUGACUACCAUCACAUCUGGUCCAAUGGUAUAUUAGCUGUCCUUCCAGAAUGAAGUUUUCAUAAAUUUCUCAGAUGUUUGUUGUGAACUAAGAUCCAAAGUUAACAGUAUGUUAAAGGUGUACAACUGAGGAAAGAAGGUAUUUGAUAGAACUAAAAAAUGAGAUUUGAGCAGAUUAGCUUAGUCACAGAGAAGUAAGAUACCUAGAUGAAACAUGCUUAUGGAACAACUGUGCGCUUUUAGCUCGGGAAUGGUAGUGCGGAAAUAUACUAGUACCGAGCCAGGAAGAGCAGUUGCACCGCACUGGCUCUUCCUACAGCGUGAGGGCUAUAGUACGUGAAGGUGAGGGGGAGAGAAGAGCGGAAGGGGACGACCAAUAGAAUUUUAACUAGAGACACAAGCGACUUUUGUUGGACACGACUUAAGUAUUGAAUGUUUCCUUUGUAUCUUACUUCUCUUUGGCUUAGUUAAAAUGGAGAUUUAGUUAUUACUGUACUCUAAAACCUAUUUCGCUUCUUAAGCUUUUGAGUUUUUUAGGUCAAUCAGUAUUUAACACUCAAUAGAUGGAACCUAUUAGAGGCUAGUUUAAAUCGUUCUUUCAGUAGUUACUAUUCUGAUACAUCUCUGAAAGCAAGGAAAAGAUAUUACACGUAUGUGGAAAAGACUGUAAAAAAGACUCAUUUGGACUAUAAACCAGGAACAAAUUGUGACUGGUAAAAGAGAUUGGGGUAUGACCAUCAGGGAAGUGCCGAAUUUACUACUUGCGGCCCUUGGCCAAAUUGACUCGAGUGGCCCCCACCGCUUAGGUGGAACUUUCCCGCCAUCACAGGCAAAAUCAUGAACUUCUCUUAUGAUCACAGGACAUCAUAACCAGUGACCGUGUCAAAUACAUACUUGGACUUGGUAAAUCUGGCACUGAUUAUAUAUAUAAGUCAAGAAGAAGAUGUCUUUUUUAGUCUUGCUCCACCUUAAUCGUUUCUGUAACUUUUUCUCAUUAGUAUGGGUGAUCUUUUUAUUAGGUCAAUAAGAUACAAUAACGUUGACGGCCUUAGUAAUUGUCUUCCAUUUUAUCUAGCAGGGUAUAAAUGGUCCAAAUGUUAAUGUUGCCUGCUCAAAUUUUGAAUUUCCAUAUCGGUACUUCAGAAUUUUAGAAUCAACCAACCGUACGAUUGGUGUUCUAUCAUAGACUAACACAAGUAGACUUGUCAUUCCAUUGUACAGUAUGAAGAUUGUUUCUUAUUGUAUUUUAUGUUUGAAUUUAUGAUUUGUGCUUUACUUUAUGGUUAUUGGUUAUAAAGUAACUGGCUGGGUAGCUGAGUGGUUACAGUGCGCUGAGUUGAUUGUUUGUGCGUAAAAAUCAAAAGGUUGCUGGUUCGAUCCUGAGAUAUGUCAGUUGCUUUUUUAAGGUUUUCUGGACCCAGCUGUUCCUGAACAUUGGGCUUAAAAUAAAUGAUCCUGGCUAAUGAAACAGCUGGUCUUAGUCAGUAACAAAGCUACACGGAUCAUCCCACUUCAUUCUACGCACCCUUCACUCGUAUUUGGGUUAAAAUACACACCAAGGUGGUGUCCCCAUCUCAAUUCAAGUUAUCUUCAGCUGAUCCAUGAGGAUGACAAGUCUACUUUUAAUCAAUGGAUCUAAGGACAUAACCUAGUUGAAUUAUUGCAAUUGGUGGCCAUGUUUUUUAAUUCUUCAAUGUCUCAUCCUCUAAGGGAAAUCUGUUACUAUGUUCUGUAAUUGACAAUGCUCCGAGUGAGAUUACCAUAAUGUCACAUAUCCUUUAGUUAAAUGUGAGGACAACUUGUUACACAAAUCAUACAAUGGCACAAUUAAUUUUCUGCCAAAGAUGUUUAGUUAGGUGUAAACUGCAUUAAUGUUAGGUUAUAUAUUUUUAGUGUUAUAUUAUAGAGGAAAAUAUCAAAAUCAAAUACUCAAGAGUAAAGUUAAAAUAUUUGUUUUGUAUUCUAUAGACUUCAAAUUUAAACAAUAUUGUUGAUUGUUGUGAAUUUAACAAAUAUUCAUGAUAAUUUGCAUACGGUACAAGUGAUGAAAUUGUUAAAUAUAAGUGUUUAACACGUUAUUAAAAGUCCUACAAUACACAUAAGGCAACAUGUGUUGGUAAGUCUCUAAGGCAUACUUUUGAUUAUUUUAUUAAAGUUUAUGUUUUCUUAAUAAACAC